CGGGCGUAUAGGGAACUAUACGCCCUUCCUUAAUGUACGGGUCGAUAGAUAAAACAUUCUGUUACACCUUGUAAUUUUAUGUUAUUACAGUGGAUUCAUUCGUUAAUUUGUACGUUCCGAUAUAAGUUGAUUUCAUUUGUCGCUUAGAAAAUGUCCUGGAUUAAAACGAUGUCAUUAGUUAUUUUGUCGGGUAUUAUUUCAGACACAAGUGAUGGCUGUAGAGAGCGGGCCACAUGCUCUAAAUACGAGCAUGAUGAGAUCCGCUUGAGACUCAUGCCCGGCACGAACUGCACCUCGUUCUGUCAAUGCGCUACCUUGGCAACCCAUGAUGACGCAACGGUGACCUACUACUGGGUGAGGCACAACUGUUCGCCAGGCACCCAGUUUGAUUCGUCAAAAGGAGUUUGCAACCAUGUUGGCGCCUUUGUGUGUGAAGAUGGAUGGUUGACUCCAACUGCACAGUCCCCGCACCCUACACCUACGACGCCUAUUGAAGGUGAUCCUAAAACAAGGACGAGUACAACAAUGUCUACAACAACUCAAAAGAAUACCAAAACCAUAACCACUACGACUCCCACUACGUGGUUAACUACCAUUAGAACAACUAAUACUACUCCAAAAACGGCAUUUUCAUCCCGAACAAGGACUAUAACGACACCCAUUACGACAUCAACAACUCAAACCACGACUGGUACGACUCCAAUAACGAAUAACUCAACGCCAAUUACGACUUCUACAACUCAAAGAAUUCAAUUCACGACUCGUACAACACCUAAUAAUAUUCCAAGAACGACUUCUUCGACUCAGACCAACGCUACUGCGACUCCAAGAACGAUCACUCACACUCAAACUCAAAUUCAAAAUACUACGACUCCUUUAAAAAUUACAACUACACAAUCCACGAUAUCAAAUACUGCAAGGACAACAACUGCGACCUCAACAAUGACUUCCGUGACUCCAGCUUCAACUAGUUCGACUCCAUCUAAGACGACUACGAAUCGUAUCACAACAACAACAACUACUGCAACUCCAACAACUCCAACCACAAUUCCAGAUUGGGAUCCUGUAACGAAGACGACUCUUACCACGUCUACAACGACUCACCGUACGAUCCCAACCGUAACCACAACGAGAUCAUCUACGACGACCACGAAUCGUAUCGCAGCAACAACGACUACGGUGACUCCAACAACACCAACAACGAGUCCAGGCUGUCCCGCGGGCAAUUUUAAGUGUAAAAACGGCGACUGCAUACUCCAAUCACAAGUGUGCGACUCUAAUCCCGACUGCCCUCCUGACCAUGAGGACGAGCUCAAUUGUUCCGGUGCACCCUGUUCUGAGGGCUUCAAACGAUGCGCUGAUGGCAUUUGUUAUUCCGCCGACAAAAUAUGCGACAGAGCGCUGUAAUGUUCCAGUUGUGACGAUGAGCAAGAUGUUUGUAAAAGUGAAUUUGUGGUUAGAUGUUUGCAACUUAUUUAAUCCAUUUAUGCCUAAUGUCUAGAAAAAGGCCUUGGCAAACAGCGUAGACCCAGAUGAGACGCCGCGCAUGAGAUGCGGCGUCUCAUCAGGGUCUGCGCUGUUUGCCAAAAGGAAUCUCUGCAAUAAAUAUUCUUAAUAUAUAAAUAAAUAUACUACACAUCCCUUCUUUUGGAAAUACAUUGAUCCAAUUAAGAAGGAUGGGAGAGUCCACUAGGCAUAAAUGGGUUAAACAUAUGCGUUUUACUUCAAUAUAUGUGUAUGGUUGAUGUCCACUCAUAGUAUCAAUCAUGUUCAACAUUAUGAAUUAUCAGUGUUUAUUUCCUUCAGCUGUUACAAAAAAAAACGCUCGCUAUAAACAGAUAUUAACCCAUUUAUGCCUAGUAGACUCUCCCAUCCUUCUAAAUUGUCUCAAUUUAUUUCCAAAAUUAAGGAUGUCUAGUAUAUUUAUUUCUAUAUUUAUAAUAUUUCGUACAGAAAUUCAUUUAAGCAAACAGCGCAGACUCUGAUGAGACGCCGCAUCAUGCGGCGUCUCAUCUGGGUCUACGCUGUUUGCUAAGGCCUUUUUUAGACGCUAUGCAUAAAUGGGUUAAAUUAUGCAAAAUAAAAAAACGUAGCAAAUUAUGAUUAAUAUACGUAAAUGUCCAGAUCAUACAUGUUCAUACACAUUUUAGAAUAGCGUAAAGCUAACGUGUAUUUUAAUGGUAUA